ACAAUAAGAUUCAUGGACUCUUACAACGUCAAGAUCAUAGGAGUAUUGUCAUUGAACAGCCAAUUGUUCCACAUAGUAAUCAACCGUUGCAACAAUGUAAAGAUUGAAGAUGCCCGUAUCAUAGCACCAGGUGAUAGCCCCAAUACUGAUGGAAUUCACAUUCAGAAAUCGACCGACAUCGAGGUCAGAAAUGCUUCUAUCAAAACUGGAGACGACUGUAUCUCGAUCGGACCCGGUACAAAGAACUUGAUGGUAGAUGGAAUUACAUGUGGUCCUGGACAUGGAAUCAGCAUUGGUAGCUUAGCGAAGGGCCUAGAGGAGGAUGGCGUGGAAAACGUGACAGUGAAGAAGGCAGUGUUCGUACGAACGGACAAUGGGCUAAGGAUAAAGUCGUGGCCACGUUUUAGCAAAGGAUUCGUGGAGAGGGUUCGGUUCUUAGGGGCUCUUAUGGUCAACGUCUCCAAUCCUAUCCUCAUUGACCAGAACUAUUGUCCUGGCGAUUCUUAUUGCCCUACUGAGGGGUCGGGAAUCAAAAUAAACGAUGUAAUAUACAGUGGAAUCAUGGGAACAUCGGCCAAAAAAGUUGCUAUAAAGAUGGAUUGCAGCGAGCAAUUCCCAUGCACUCAGAUACGAAUGCAGGCAAUUAAUCUAACUUAUCACGGUGGAGCAGCAACGACUGCUUGCAUCAAUGUUUCCGGUAAGCAACUUGGUUUGGUUAUACCCAGCGGAUGUAUCCGAUGACUCUAUUCGUUUUUCUUGACCAAGACUUGUAAAAUCAAACAUCACACACUGGUCGUACAUAAAGUAUAUGUAGCUUAUCAACAAACAUUAUGGGUUUGUAUACUUUGUAAUCAUUGUAAAUAAUUCUUUGUAUAUAUUUACAGCAUGUGGUUGUAACUACUGUCUACUGACAUAUAAAUAAAAACAAGUUCAGCAGU